AAUUUUAAACGGUAGGGCUUAUUCAUAAAUGCACCUUGGUAGCAGUGCUGCCAGAUCGUGCAAUAUUUUAACCCCCUCCUUACCCACUCCGUGCGAUUUCACCUCGGGAAGGGGUAAAUUGCACGAUUUGGCAACACAGCUAGAAGAAACCCUGCUACGAGGUAUGAAGAAAAUUACCAACUAGUGUGAGUUGCACGUGGUUUGUUUUGUGCGAUAGACGAAGCUGCAGCAGCAAUGACUAGAAUUGGUAGUGAAAAUCCACCUGUGCAGAACGAGAAACGUUCGAUUGUUGAAGCCUGUAUUAACGGUGACGUUGAAACUGUUAGAAAAUUAUUAAUUAAAGGACACAGUGUCCACGAAACUACUGAGAGAGGCGAAAGUUUGCUUUCUCUCGCUAGUUCUGCUGGAUAUUAUGAAAUAGUGCAGGUACUAUUAGCAAUGAACGCCAAUGUUGAGGAUAGAGGUACCGAAGGAGACUGCACCCCGCUGAUGAAAGCUGCAAGUGCUGGUCAUACUGACAUCGUUGGUUUGCUCAUCGCUCUUGGGGCAGACGUAAAUAAGCAAUCUACUUCCGGUAAUACACCAUUGAUGUACGGAUGUGCUGGUGGCCACGUGGACGUAGUUGAGGCAUUACUUGAAGCUGGCGCGAAUUUAGAAGAUUAUAAUGAAGAUGGGCUUACACCAUUGAUGGAAGCAGCAAGUGCUGGCCAUGUGCCAGUAGCCAAAAUCUUAUUCGAAUACGGUGCCGGCAAUAAUACUCAUUCGAAUGAAUUUAACGAAUCGCCAUUAACCCUCGCGAGUUGCAAAGGCCACCUUGAUAUGGUAAGAUUUUUGUUGGAAACAGGUUAUGAUCAAGAGCACAAGACCGAUGAAAUGCAUACCGCGUUGAUGGAGGCAUCGGCUGAAGGUCAUGUAGAAGUAGCCCGACUGUUGUUGGACUCUGGUGCCCAAGUUGGUAUGCCGACUGAUGCUUUUGAAUCGCCGCUAACACUGGCUGCGUGUGGUGGUCAUGUUGAUUUAGCGAUGCUUUUAAUCGAACGUGGAGCAAACAUCGAGGAAGUUAAUGACGAUGGUUAUACACCAUUGAUGGAAGCUGCACGUGGAGGUCAUAUAGUAAUUGUGUCAUUACUCUUAAGUCAGGGUGCGAAUGUUAAUGCUCUGACUGAAGAGACCGAGGAAACGGCACUCACGUUGGCGUGUUGUAAUGGUUUUCUUCAAGUUGCUGAUCGUUUAAUCAAAGCAGGAGCUGACAUUGAGAUAGGAGAAUUAUCGCCCCUCAUGGAAGCUGCUCGAGAAGGUCAUGUGGAUCUUGUACGUUAUCUCCUUGAGUCUGGUGCAGAUGUUCAUUCUCAAACUCAAACCGGUGAGACAGCACUUACCUACGCGUGUGAGUAUGGUCGCACGAAUGUUGCAAAUCUUCUACUUCAAUUUGGUGCUGAUUUAGAGCACGAAUCUGAUGGUGGAAAAACACCUCUGAUGAUAGCCUGUAAAGCUGGGCAUUGGCACACCGUGCAUUUUUUAAUAUUCAAAUCGGCCAAUCUCAAUCGUAAUACGACCAACAAUGAUCAUACGCCGUUGUCACUUGCCUGCGCUGGUGGACACCUUUUGGUUGUUAGGCUAUUGCUUGCCCAGGCUGCCGAUCCAUUCCAUAAACUCAAUGACAACUCAACUAUGCUGAUUGAGGCGGCCAAGAGUGGAAACACCAGUAUUGUUAAACUAUUACUUGGCUAUCCUUAUAGCAUUAUGGUGAAUGCUGCUACCCUUGCCCUUGUAGCCGGGCAGGUCACUACAGAUCCAGCUCCAGGUACUUAUCCACCGGAAAAUCAGAAUCAGCAAUUUUCUUAUAUGGAUGUUAAUUCAAAAACAGAUAGCAAUCAUGAAACGGCAUUAACGCUUGCAUGUGGUUGUGGUCACAAGGAACUCGUUGAAUUUCUACUCAGUCGUGGUGCAGACAUUGAACAUCAUAAUAGAAGAGGCUUUACACCAUUACUAAAAGCAGCAGCUGCUGGACAUAUAAAAGUUGUUGAAAUACUUUUACAUCACAAUGCAGACAUUGAAGCACAGACUGAACGUAGUAAAAAUACACCAUUGUCACUUGCUUGCAGUGCUGGAAUAUUUGAGGUUGUAGAACUAUUACUAUCUCGUAACGCCAAUAAAGAACAUCACAAUUCAUGUGACUAUUCACCACUGGCUUUAGCUGCAUAUGGUGGUUAUGUCUAUAUAAUGAACCUUUUGCUGCAGGAUGGUGCUGAAGUUGAUUCACGAACCGGUUCAAAACUUGGAAUAACUCCACUGAUGCUUGCUGCUAUGAACGGUCAUAUUCAGGCAGUUAGGUUACUCCUGGAUAUGGGUAGUGAUAUUGAGGCUCAGAUUGAAACAAAUCAUAAUACUGCUUUAGAUCUUGCUUGCCUCCAAGGUAGACAUGAAGUUGUAAGUCUGUUACUUGAUCGUAAAGCAAAUUUUGAGCAUCGAUCGAAAAUAGGGAUGACACCAUUAAUGGAAGCCUCCAGUGGUGGUCACGUUGAAGUUGGUCGUCUUUUAUUAGCUAAAGGCGCGGAUGUUAAUGCAGCUGCAUCCACGGGUGAUACUGCCCUUACUAUUGCCGCCAACAAGGGUCACUACCAUUUUGUUGAAUUAUUAUUAGAACAUGGUGCCCUAGUUGAGGUUAAAAAUAGAAUUGGUAGGAGUGCUUUAUGGCUCGCUGCAGGAGAAGGGCAUCUUAAUGUUGUUAAACUUUUAUACAAUGCCAAUGCUGACAUUGAUUCACAAGACAAUUAUAAAGUGUCUGGUUUAAUGGCAGCGUUUUGUGCAAGAGAUACUGAAGUUGUUGAAUGGAUGGUUGAUCAUGUAACGCAAUUUCCAAGUGAUCAAGAUAUUACAAGGUGUAUGGAUAUUAUUAGUGACGAAGAUGAACUAUUGGAAGACUUUCAUAUGUGCGUUGAAAUAAUACGCGCUGCUAAAGAAACCCGAGCAGCCAAAGCCUAUGAAAAUGACAGUAUACAUUUGAAAGAACUAGAUAGGGAAAUAAAUACCAUUUGAAAUUUUAACAACUUAAUUUGGGUUGUUUUUUUUCAAGUGUGGGUAAAAAAAAGUCAUAUUCAAUACAAAAAUACUAUUUCGCGCAAGAAAAAAAUUUUAUCUCCAUCACAGAUUCGAGAUUCGAUUUUCCCAUUUAAAUAACACAGGAAAAUUUUUUAACUUCCUGCUAAGAAAAUUGUAAAUUUUAAAACAUUCGGGAAGUUAUUGUUUUCACGCCGAUUUUCGAAAAUCGAGUUUUCAUCAGAUGUCGACGUUUUGAGAUCCUAGGAAGCUAUUCUGACUGUUUUCAGAAUGAUGUCCGAGUGUGUGUAUGUAUUUAAUUUUUAUUUAUGGGAAAAUCGAAUUUUUCAAUGAGCCAGAUCUGCUAACGAGAUAGAAUUUUUUUUCUUGCGCGAAAAUUUUUUUAUUUAAUGUCUAUGGCAUGCCAAAGCUUCUGAGGUGAAAAUGAAAAAUAAAAAAAAGGGCACAUUUAAAUAUUAAGGAAAUAGCCAAGACUACCAGAUUUUGUAGUAUUGAAAUAAUUAACACCUCAGGAAAGCGGCUGAGGCAGCCAUUUGGCACGCGCGUGGCUCGGGCGAUCACCGAAGAUCACUCGAAGUCAUUAAGUAGCAUUGAGCAUGGCCACUACUUGGCUGGGUGACCGUUUAGCCACGCGUUGGGUUCGAACGAAGGUCUUUGACCGUUAGGCGCGGGAUGAAGAUCCAGUGAUCGAUAAAAUGGGAAUUUUAUCGAUCACUGGAGCUUCACCUAAACCGAAACUGUACUGGCUAGAUUUUCUCUGUCGUUUCCCUACGCCACUACACCUCAAUUGCACAAGGGAGGUUGUAGGGCAUCACCGUAAUGAUGCAGUACAGUAUAAGCACAAGUCGGGCCACAACCGCACAAUAGAGGCAGAACGAGAAGUAAAGCAGUUGCGAUAUAAAGGCAAAAAGUGUAAAAGGCCGUUACUACGGCUAUAUACUAGAAAAUAAUUAAAAUAAAAAAUAACAUCUUCAGGAGAGUAUUCCGAAAAUUAUUUUUGAUUAUAACAAAUUGAUAGUUAAUAAAAAAAAUAUCUCAAAACUAUGCACUUUUAAAUUAAUUUAAACCAUUCAUCAUCCUGCAUUCGAAUUUCUGGUAACU